CAACCCGUUGCUUCCAUCCGCUCACAAAUUGGAUUUCAACAAACCAAAAACUCAAUUAACAAGAAACAAGCAAGCAAACAAACAAAUACUUACCAUGUUCCUUUAUCGCCCACGCCGUUCCCUUUUCCACCACUCUCAGCUUCGUCAUCCAUCGUUCGCCUGGACGUUGGCUCAUCCUGAGGAGUUUGGAAGAAUGAAGAGUUGUCAUGGCCACAAGACCGGACCAUGUGACGAAUCUCCCGCAGGAAGGGAUCCCUCGGUCUUAUCCAGCAGCUACAUGCAAGUCACGGAAGAGGCUGAACGAUUCCUCUUGUAUACUGAUCUGCCUGGAGUCAAGGCUGAAGACUUGACUGUGGAAGUAUCUAGUCAGGGCGUCCUCCGCGUACAUGGUGAACGCAAGCGAGGACGAGGCGAAGAAAGCAUCAAGUUCGAUCGUCAAUUCAUGAUGGAUGAAAAGCUCGUUGAGCCUUCUCAAAUCACGGCACGUUUCACGGAUGGGAGCCUCGAGAUUGUGGCUCCCAAGAGGCAACCCACCAAACCUUGCCGUGUCGCUGUGGUCGCCGGUUCGGCCCCUGUCGCAGGCAAUGAUGACAACAAUACCAUCCGAAGCUUUGAAGUAGAUGUUCCUGGAGUCAAGAUUGACCUUCUCAAGGUUGAAGUAGACGACGAUGGCAAGCUCGACAUUGUGGGAGAACGCAAGCGUGGAAGCCGAGUCGCUCCCAUUGAACGCACCUUCACCCUCGAUACGAGUGUUGUUGACACCGCAGAGCUAGAAGCAUUCCUCGCAGAUGGCGUUCUUACUAUUCGUGUGCCCGUCAAGGCUCCACGUGAAAAUCGCGUAGUCCCUGUCGCUGUGGGUGACGAUGGGAAGGAUCAUGAACUGGAAGAAGCAAGUGAAAAGGCUCCCCAGGACGCAGAAACUACUCUUCAUGACAACAGUGCCAGUGACGACGAAUCAGUUGCAUCAGAGGAAUCGGAUGCAUCAGAGGCAUCAGUUGCAUCAGAGGUAUCAGUUGCAUCAGUUGCAUCGGAGGCAUCAGUUGCAUCAGUUGCAUCGGAGGCAUCAGAGGAAUCAGUUGCAUCGGAGGCAUCAGUUGCAUCGGAGAAAUCAGAGGAAUCAGUUGCAUCGGAGGCAUCAGUUGCAUCAGUUGCAUCAGUUGCAUCAGUUGCAUCGGAGAAAUCAGUUGCAUCGGAGGCAUCAGUUGCAUCAGUUGCAUCAGUUGCAUCAGUUGCAUCGGAGAAAUCAGAGGAAUCAGUUGCAUCAGAGGAAUCAGAGGAUAGUGAUUCGGAGUUUGAGGUUGUGCCAGAGACGGUGACGGAGGAUGAUGAGUAA